CACGGCAACACACCACCACCACAAAGACCCAACCUUCGGCAACCACCAUUUUUGACACGCGGCGGCUCAUUGGAUUCGUCUUGCUCCGACGACCUCAAUCACCAAGCGGCGCUGCCAAACUCACCGUCUGUUCGAAAUAAUUAGUCAAAGUUUUGGUCCGUCAACUUUGACUGUGUUUUCCGGCCAACUUCAACCACCCCUCGACGACUGGUUAGUACCUUUGGAAACAGCGUGGAGAGAGGAACAAAACCCACUUAGUCAUUUUGGUCAACUCGUCAUUUUUCUCCGGCGAGAUUUUGGGUAUCUCCUCCACUUUCCGGCGACGUUUCUACUAGUGUGAGCACCUUUUGGACCGAUGGUUCACAUGAAUGUGAUCUACUCGCCGAUGUGGUCAUUUUGAUAUAUGUCACACCUACCUUCAUCGAUGUUUCUGAUACACCGCUCACUGCUGCCACCAACCACUACUUUGCACCGCUUGGGAUCAUCGUUAAGCUCAACAGCGUCGGUUUUAGCUCGGAUUGAAAAUUCUAAGGAGAAAACAAACAUCCAUAGUGAGCGCAUUUGCAUGGAUCGCAAGCUAUUCCAAGCUGCAACUGAUGGCGAACUUGAAGUCUUCAGGGAAAAGGUCAGUGAACUCCAACUGUUAUUGACCCCAGAAAGAAAUACAGUGCUCCAUGUCCAUAUCAUCACUACUUCAAGAACCACUAAUCAAACAAUCUUCGUGGAAGGGAUCCUAGACUUGUGUCCAGCACUGUUGAUGCAAACUAAUGCAAGAGAAGAGACUCCCUUACUCAUGGCAGCAAGGUACGACCAUCACCGCAUUGUUGAUUUUCUAAUUGAACAUGCAAAAUUAUCCCAACCACAGGACCUUGAAGAGGACAUCUCUGGUGUCCAAACGAUGAUAAGGAUGAAGAAUGAGGAAGAGGACACUACGUUGCACGAGGUUGCGCGGUUCGGUCAUCUUGAGGUUGUGCAGAUAUUGAUGAGAGAAGACCUUGAUUUCUUGUAUUCGGCUAAUAAAGCAGGCGAGACGCCACUCUACAUAGUCGUCCAGUGCCGACACCAAGAUUUGGUUAAUGUAAUACUAAAUAAUUGUUUGUCACUAGCUACCAGUGGCCCUAAGGGCAGUACUGCACUGCAUGUAGCUUCUACAAAUAUAGGAAUAACAAAAAUGUUUGUGGACAAAGUAGAUUUUCUGACAAAACAAGUAGAUGAUGAUGGUUGUAUUCCACUGCACUAUGUUGCUUUCUUCUACUCAUCAAAUGUGGUGGAGAUUACAAAAAUGUUGCUAGAAAAUAAUGAAAGUAGUGCAUACAUCAAAAAUAAGGAAGGCAUGACAACACUUCACAUUGCAGCUUACAAUGAGUGUUGUGGUGAUAAGAUAAUGAAGGAAAUUCUGACAAGUUGUCCAGAUAGCUACGAAGAAGUUGACAAUGAAGGCAGAAAUGUUCUACACCAUGCUGUGUCGACUACAUAUCUCUCCAACGUAAACUUCAUCUUAGAACACGCAUCAUCAUUAAUUUUAAAUAGAAAAGAUAAGGAAGGAAAUACCCCAUUGCUUCAUAUGGCUGCCACUUCCUCAUGGAAUCUGCCCGUUCUAAAAGCUUUGUUGUCUCAUCCCAAAGUGAAUAGGAUGUCACUCAACAAACAAAACAACAAUAUUCGAGAUGAGUAUAUGAUUCAAUUCAAACAAUAUGAGGUAAGAAUGCUGGAUCUCUUCAAUAAAUACUUCAUAGAGCCUUCUGUGGGAAUACAUAUCCUAGAACUCGAACUCAAUCGCAAGAACAUUAAUUAUAUGCAGAAGGAAAUCAUUACAAAAAUUAAAGAAUCUAGUCUAGUUACUUCUACAUUGAUUGCGACAGUGACAUUUGCAGCUGGAUUUACGAUGCCAGGAGGUUACAUAAGCGACGAGGUUGGACAUCGACAACAAGGGAGUGCUGUACUGAGGAACAACACAGCAUUUCAGGCCUUCAUCAUAACAAACACAAUGGCCAUGUUGCUCUCUGCUACAUCUGUUUUUUUGAACAUCUUUCUUAAUAUAACAUUUGUAGAAGGAGUAAAUGAUCACAGGAAGUGGAAUUACUAUAAGUUUUGCAUGAGCUUAACCAUCUAUGCCCUGGCCUUAAUGAUGAUAGCAUUUGUCACUGGUACAUACGCAGUGUUGUCACUUUCUGCUCCCCUUGCCAUCACCACUUGUUUUAUUGGAUCGUUUUUCUUCGUUAUCACAUUCUACAUAAUAAUGCAUGAAUAAGAGUGUAUAAUUUAGGAAUAAUUUUCAUAUAUAUACUCAUUAAACUUGUAGUCAUAACUUGUGCAAGUGAUAAAUAUAUAAGAGUAAACUCAAAAUUUUAAAUUUAUUAUUAAUAAAUUUAUUUUAAUUA